AUGGCUAAUCAAUUACACGAGCUCAGCUCAGAAUCAAACGUUAAAGUUGGAAAAAGCUGUGUUUUUAUUGGUGGGUAUGGUGAUUGCAAACAAUUCCCUGAAGGAUACACUUUUUGGUUCUACCAUGGUGAGUCAAGGAUGGAGGAAAAUAGUAAUGUCAAUGCCACACAUUUUGCAAAUGUGGAACAAGACAACUUGGUUGAUGAAGAUCCGAUACAAAACAUGAUAAAUGAUGCAUUUGGAGUUGAUAUUCACCAUGAGAAUGAGCACAACUUUCACACAAAUGAAGACAUUGCCCAAGAUGGUGGAACCACAUCAAAUGAAGAUAAAGAUUUCUUUGAAUUAGCAAAAGAUGGAGAACAACCUUUGUACGAAGGAUGUAAGAAAUAUUCAAAACUUUCUUUUAUGCUGAAGUUGUAUCACAUCAAAUGCUAUUGUGGGAUGACUAACAAGGCUGUUACAAUGAUAUUGGAGCUACUACAAGAUGCAUUUGAAAAUGCAAAGUUGCCAACUUCAUUCUACGAGGCAAAGAAAACUAUUUCAAAGUUGGGUUUGGAUUAUGAAAAGAUACAUGCUUGUCCAAAUAACUGUAUGCUUUAUUGGGGUAUGGAUGAUGAAAAUAUGCAAAGUUGCAAAGUUUGCAAGAUGUCCAGAUGGAAAUCAACGGAUGUGGGUGGUCAAGUUUUACAAUCUGAUGGUGGGAAGAGUAAGAAUAAGGUGCCUGCAAAAGUUGUUCGUUACUUUCCAUUGAAGCCACGAUUACAGAGGUUGUUUUUAUCAUCCAAGACUGCUGAAGAUAUGAGAUGGCACACCAUGGAUGAUAACAAUGACGAAAUUAUGAGGCAUCCAAGGGAUUCUAAAGCAUGGAAGAGGUUUGAUUCAAUCAAUACUGAAUUUGCAUCAGACCCACGCAAUGUACGUCUUGGAUUAGCUACUGAUGGUUUUAAUCCAUUUGGUAACAUGAGUUCUAAUUAUAGCAUCUGGCCAAUUGUAUUGGUUCCAUACAACACCCCUCCUUGGGUGUGUAUGAAGUCAACUUCUUUUAUUAUGUCAACAAUCAUACCUGGUAAGCGAAUGCCUGGAAAUGACAUUGAUGUUUACCUACAACCUUUAAUCAAAGAGUUGAAGGAAUUAUGGCACGAUGGUGUGGAUGCAUAUGAUUCAUUUACCCGAGAGAUGUUCAAACUACAUGCGGCAUUAAUGUGGACUAUUAGUGACUUUCCUGGCCUUGGAACUUUGUCUGGGUGGAACACCUACACUGGAUUAGCUUGUCCAGUAUGCAACUUUGAUUUUAUACCUUGUCGACUUCCUUAUAGUCAAAAAUGGUGUUUUAUGGGUCAUCGGCGUUUUCUUGAUCGAAGAAACAAGUUUAGGUUGAAUAGGCUUUACUUUAAUGGGAAGCAAGAGCUCCGUGAGUCACCUAAAAUAUUAUCUGGUACUGAUAUUCUUCAACAAGUUCAAAAUGUUCAUGUGACUUUCGGUCGGAAACCAAAGAUUGGAGGAAAAAGGAAAAGACGUGGUAGUGGACGUGUUGCUCAGGUCGGGACUCAACAAUGGAGAAAGAAAAGCAUAUUUUUUGAGCUUCCAUAUUGGGAGCACAACUUGUUGCGUCACAAUCUUGACGUCAUGCAUAUUGAAAAGAAUGUGUGUGACAACAUUAUAUAUACCUUGCUAAAUGAUAGUGCAAAGUCCAAAGAUCACAUGAAUGCUCGAAAAGACCUUAAAGAAUGGGAUUGUAAGCCUGACCUUUGGCCAGAUGCAAAUGGCAGAUAUCCUCCAGCAAUGUACACAAUGACCAAUCAAGGCAAGAAGGCAUUUUUAUGUACGUUAAAGAAUAUUAGCGUGCCAGAUGGUUUUGCAAGCAACAUUUCUCGUUGCAUUGAUGUGGAGCCUCUUCGAUUCAAUGGGAUGCUAAAAAGUCAUGAUUGUCAUAUAUUGAUGCAUCAACUGCUACCAUUGGCCAUGCGCACUGCAUUGCCUGAACAAGUGUCAAGGAUUUUAAUUGAAUUGUGCUCAUUCUAUAAACAAAUAUGUAGUAAGGUGUUGAGUGUCACAACUUUAGAAAGACUCCAAAAUGAAAUUGUUCUCACUUUAUGCCAUAUGGAGAUGUUAUUUCCCCCUUCAUUCUUCACAGUCAUGGUUCACUUAACCGUUCACCUUGUUGAUGAAGCUAAGCUUGGAGGCCCUGUCCAUUAUCGGUGGAUGUAUCCAAUAGAGCGAUACUUAGGACAAUUGAAGUCCUAUGUAAAGAACAAGGCGAGACCGGAAGGGUCUAUAGCAGAAGGUUACUUAAUGCAAGAGAUUCUGACAUUUUGUUCACGGUACCUAGAUGAUAUUGAGACUAGAUUUAAUCGUCCAAGUCGUGUUGAUGAUGCCCCAAAUCAAGAAUUGCCAAAAACACGAGUACAUGAAUUGUUUCCCCAAGUAGGGAAGCCGGUUGGGGGUUCUUCAUAUUUCAACCUCACACCAACAGAAAUAUUGCAAGCACAUAGACAUGUCCUAAUUAAUUGUCCGGCAGUUGAUCCAUAUCUCCAGGAAUUUCGAACUGAGGUGCGGAGGCAGCUCAGACCCCGUACACGGAAUCCUACUCAUAUUGAUAAGAAGGUUCAUAGAGAGUUUGUUGAAUGGUUCUCUAAACGAAUUGUUAGAGAUGUUGACAUACUGAGUGAAUCAGAUAAAGAUAUUAUGCUUUUUCUUGGUCAAGGUCCAAUCAGUCAAGCUAGAAGGUUCAGUGCAUACAACGUGAACGGGUACAAAUUUCGAACCUUGACACGAGAUCGAGGCUUGAAAACACAAAAUAGUGGGGUAUUUGGUACAUUUGGAACUAUAAGUUAUUCAAUUACUUUGUUCAAAUGUCAAUGGGCUAAUACCACUAAUCCUAGAGGCAUCAAGAAAGAUAAUCUUGGAUUUACUUCAAUUAAUUUUACCAGACUAAUACAUACAGGUGAAAAUGAAGAUGAUGAGCCAUACAUUAAAGCAUCUGAAGCUCAAAUGGUUUAUUUUGUGGAUGAUGAGAAAGAAAAGGGUUGGAGUAUACCUAUUCAUUUGAAACCAAGAGAUUUGUACGACAUGGGUGAAGAUGAAGAAGACAUUAUGCCAUCCAUUGAGCCAUAUCCAUCCCAAAACUUGGAACAAAUUUUGUCAGAUGAUGCUUUGCAUAUUCAGUUAGCAAGACCUGAUGUAGAUGAUGAAAAUCCCACUUUGACCGUUAAUGAACAUGACAAUGAUUAA